CCCAAAUUCACUUCGCUUGCUCGUCCGAUCCCUCGCCAAAACGCUGCCGUUUUGCGGACUGUCAACUCCUCUCCUGUCACACGCGCUCCUGAAAUCCCCGUCAUUCCGAAUCAAAGAACCCACAGCUUUGAAAACCCUCUUACCUCUUCUUCUUCUUCUUCUUCCUCAGACUCUCCGGUAGAUACUGAGGUCAUUUACUCACCCACUGCCCCUCAUUGAUUCCAGUCGCUCCGCUCGAAGAACCCAGAAAGAAGGACGUACUGGGGAAAUAGAAGACCGAUAUGGCCGUGUCGGACGCGGUGGUGGGGAACCUGACGACGAUCUACGUGGCGGUGAUCGCGGCGAUCAAGGCGUACGGGCUGGUGUCCGGCCGUAGCUUCGGCGGCGGGCUCGUGCUGGUCCUCUCCACGGCGGUGGUGGGCCUCAUCCUCGUCGCCACGCUGACGUGGGACGUCUCCCAGAAGGCCGCCCACGCGAUCUCCAGGGACGACGACCGCUCCCACGAGGCCUCCUGCAAGGGCGGCAUCUGCUGGCACGGCGUCGCCGUCAAGUCCCCGGCCUCCCAGGUCCGGUUCCGCCUCCCCCAGCAGCAGCAGCAGCAGCAGCAGCCGCCGCCGCCGCACGGCCCUGCCGCUCUGUGAAUACGACAUCAAUUUCCACCUUUUUUUCUGUUUUUUCCCCAUUUUCUGUUUAGUUUAAUGGAUUUUGGUGACGGGAUUGGGAUGUGAGGUUACGGUGUCCGACUCCGUUGUAAGAUGCCCAGUCUCUGUCUACAGUUGAUUGGUCAUCGUCCGUCGGGUCAUCAAGUUUGGGUUUUUUCCUUAUCGAAAAUCAAUGUGGGUGUGUUCUCUUUUCCUUCUUCUUCUUGUCAAAAUUUCCAUGAAAGGAACAUGUAUAUACUUCUGUAUAAUAAAUAAAAGAAGCGCAAUACAAUUACAAGUGGAA